AUGGCGGCGUGCUACGACGACAGCUUCAGCGAGUUCGUCGAUUUUGUAAACCGUGCAAAAGAAAUGGACAACGAAGCGUAUAGUUUUGUGCGGCCGUUGCAGCGGAACCUUAGGGAUCGCCAGAAUCCCAUGGAGUUUUACAGUGACCAGGAGUUUUUAGCCAGGUACCGCUUCUCAAAAGCUACUGUGCUCGAACUACUGACCAUGUUGCCGCUGCAUCAGAACACGGACGGACGUGGUUGCCCUGUGCCACCGCUGUUGCAACUGCUGGUGACACUUCGUUUCUACGGCGCGGGAACUUUUCAGAUUGUCUCAGGCGACCUAGUUAAUGUGUCGCAGCCAACCGUUUCCCGUGUUGUCACACGGGUGUCAAAAAUGAUUGCCGCAACGCUGUUCCCUGCGCUUGUGAAGUUCCCCGACGCGGGGAAAAUGCAUGAGGUCAUGCACCAAUUCUACAUCAAGGCAAAGUUUCCGAGGGUGACUGGUUGCAUUGAUUGCACCCACGUGCGUAUUAAAAGUCCAGGCGGAGACGACGCCGAGGUAUUCCGCAACAGGAAAGGAUAUUUCUCCUUCAAUGUGCAGGACUUCUGGGGCACCGUGCCGCAGGAGGACGUUCUCAACGAAGAAUCGGGCAACCUCGGCGGCACUGACUUUGGGAUGGAUGCUCGGGAUUGUCGCCGUUUCACGUGGAAGUGA